GUCACCACCACAGUUACUAUUCAGUACAUUGCUGGUCAACUAAAGAUGGCUGUGGAUCCGAGACAAGUCUUGGCUGAUGUUCUUACUAUCACUAUGUUCGUUAUGCUUGGAGAUAUGAUCAAAAGGGCCCAUUUUGAUGCCCUUCCUGUGGAUUCAGAAAUAUCAAUUCAUGGUACCAGAAAGCAAAGUCUAGUUGGUGGGCCUUGGAAAGAGGAUGGGAAAUCUCUAAACUCAUGUUGGACUAAACCAGUUCUCGAGGAAGCUGACGAAUCACAAGGAUAUGUUACCUUCUCGCUCACUAAUGGUCCUGAAUAUCACGUCUCUCAGAUUGCUGAUGCAGAGGUAAUAGCAAGAUAUCUGCACGCAACUCUUGUACUCCCAGACAUAAGGGGAACCGAACCUGGUGAUAAAAGGAAAUUUGAAGACGUCUAUGAUGUUGAGCAGUUUGUGAAAAGCCUUGAUGGGGUGGUAAAAGUAGCUAAAUCUAAGCCAUCAAAAGUCUCGGGAAGGAAUCUAGCAGUUGUGAAGGUUCCUAGCAGAGUUACUGAAGAACACAUUGAUGUUAACAUCGAGCCAAUUUUCAGAUCAAAGGGGAACAUAAGGCUAGCGACGUAUUUUCCAUCAGUAAACAUGAAAAAAACGAAAGAGAAUAGCAACAUCGACUCAACUGCAUGUUUGGGGAUGUUUGGAACUCUAGAGCUUCAGCCUGAAGUUAAUGGAGUAGUUGAGUCUAUGAUGGAGCGCUUAAGAACUUUGAGUAGGAAGUCAAAUGAACAGUUUAUCGCGGUGGAUCUAAGGGCUGAUAUAUUGGAGAAAAAGAGUUGCCAAGGAAACAGUGCUUCUAAAUCAAAGAGUUGCUAUGGUCCACAAGAGAUAGCUAUGUUUUGA